AACCAACAAAAUAAUAAACAACUAAAAAACACGCAAUGGGUGCCAAGGAAAGUGUCGAGGCGGCCGUCAAAAUGAACGCCGAUGGCUGGGGUCACGUGGAGCAGCGCGGUAGUCGCUACCACGGCCAUCGGCAUAAUCAACGGUCGCAGUCGCUGAAUCGCGGCCAGGCGCUCUCGCAGGCGGACGUGACCGGCAUGUGGUGACAUCGGGGUGCCUCUGGUAAAGCAGGAGCUGCGGUGAGCUGUGCCAACUGCGCCAUGGGCAACAAAUUGAGCUGUUCGUGUGCGCCUCUAAUGCGCAAGGCUUAUCGCUACGAGGAUUCACCCUGGCAGAGUUCGCGUCGUCGGGAUGGACAUCUAUUGAGUUCGUUCAGGUUGUGGGCUGAGGUCUUUCACGUAUCGGCUAGCGGCGCCGGCACCGUCAAGUGGCAACAAGUGUCCGAAGAUUUGGUUCCUGUCAACAUCACAUGCAUUCAGGACUCGCCCGAGUGCAUCUUUCACAUCACCGCGUACAAUAGUCAGGUGGAUAAGAUACUCGAUGUGCGACUUGUGCAGCCAGGCACACGCAUUGGCCAGGCAUCGGAAUGCUUUGUUUACUGGAAGGAUCCAAUGACAAACGAUACUUGGGGCCUCAAUUUCACAUCGCCCAUCGAUGCCAAACAGUUUCGGGAAUGCUGUGUAUCUUACAUAGUAAAAAAAUACUCGCCUUCUUUCAAAUUUUCACGAAAGGCCUCGUCGAGCUACUCCCUAAAACUGGAUCCGCCGGGCAAGGGCAAGGUCAAGGCCAAGCGAAAGCCGCUCAGCACUCCCGCGUCGCCGUCGCGCGUACGCCAAGAGCCCCAAUGCACCUGCAUGUCCGCCGAGCAGUAUGCGCGCCUGAGAACCGAUCCACGUGUUAGAGGUUCAUCCACUUUGCCGCGUAAUGUCGGCUCCCACAGAAUCACCGAUGUCGAUGGCCAGCAGCAGGGCAAGGUUGUAAGCGCCGUGAGCAGCACCUCGCUAUAUGAUAACGUGGCCAGCGGUGGGCCGGGCGUGGCCCAAGGAGGCGAUACCUUACAACGUCAGCUCAAGGGGCAAGAUGGCAAUAUGGUGGCCAAUGCGGGUGUUAAUACCAAUACGCCGGGCGUGAUUGUGACUGGCGUGGGCAGCGGCUCGGACAUGUGCUCACAGAAUCAUGUGGGCUCACAGGUGGGCUCAGACGAUGCCGGCGCCUGCCAUAUGGACAUGGAUCUGCCCAAGAGCGAGGGCACACAGGUUGGGGGCGGACUGCAUCAGAGUGUGGGCACCUCUACCAAAUCAACAGGCACACGCACCAAGGAUUUCAGCGAUGAUAUGACACGCGACGCACACUCGCACGAUAUGCACCACCAGCACAACGUAAUCAACAACAACACACGACGCAAGACCAAGAGCACCGAGGACAUGAACGUCGAUACGAGCACACUAAAGCGCAUGCUAAAGCCGAUGCCCAGCACCGAGAGCCCCGUCACGUCGCCGGAGAUGGGCCGACGGCGUUACAACUACUACAAUGCGAAUGGGGCCCAGACAUUGGGCCCACAGCACAUGCAUCAGCACGGCAUGGGCAUGGGCAUGGGCAUGGGCGGGGGCGGCGGCGGCGGCGGCGGCCAUCACGUCAUGAACAACAAUACAUUGGGUCGCGGCAGCGGCAGUGGCAGUCAGUCGUCGCGCUUCUCCGGCUCGAGAUCUUCGCAUGAAAUUGGUCGCGGUUAUCCGCCGCGCAAUCUAUAUUUGGAAUUGGAGCGGGAGCGUGAGCGUAGCUGCAUUGAGGGCUCGCCGCCAUCAGAUAAUGUGAUGUUCGAUAAUCAAUGCUAUGCGACCACGCCCAGCUCUAGCAAUGGCAACUCCGAUCAGGAUCAAUCGUAUGGCCAGCAGCAGCAGCAACAACAGCAGCCGCAUCCGCCGCAUCCGCCGCAUCCACAGCAGCGUGCAUCGCGCCAUCAGCAUCAUCAGCAUCAGCAGGCACCGAAUGUGACGCCCACGCCGGGCAGUCCCACCUCGCGUCUGCUCAUGGAGUACGAGAUGCAUUUGCGUAAUACGCUGGCCAAGGGCAUGGACGCCGAGUCCUACAGCCUGCACACCUUUGAGGCACUGCUCUCCCAAAGCAUGGAGAAUCUGGCCAAUGCCAAGUCGUCAACCUUGCCGCUGCCCCCACAUCGCCCCCUAUCCACCAUACGCGAUAAGGAACGCGAUCGUGACCGGGAUGGCUACUACAGCGAUCGCAAUGAGCUAAUACGCGAACGUGAACGCGAAAGAGAUCGCGGCUAUCUAUCCGAUCAUAAUGCCAGUUUCUCGAACUCGCGUUGUGCCAGCUGUAUUGGCGAAUCGGCGCGCGCUCAAUGGUUCCGUCAUUCGGAUGGCUGGCGCUCGGGCAGCUCAACAAUUGGCUCUGGUUCAGGGCAUGGCAUGAUGGCACAACAAAUGGUCGGCUCGGGGCACAAGCGUUCGCCCUGGGAUUCGCUGCCAUCGCUGCGCCAGGAUAGCAGCCUCAAUGAUUCCGGCUAUAAGAGUGCACGUGCCGAUUCCUUGGAGCAGCGCGCGGAGUUUAUACGUCAGGAUAGUUUGCGCUCUGAGUAUUUGAGUGAUCGUGAAUCACGCUAUGGAAUUGUACAGCAGGCCUCCAUUGAGAGCACCGAUUCGCGCAUGUGUUAUCUCACAUCGUCCGAGAUCUCGGACGAUGAUCGAAUGAGCCUAACUACUGCCGUUUCGGAUGAAGAUGAUGGCGAAAGUGUCAUGGCGUCACCAUAUAAAGCAAAGGCCACUGGCACCGCUGCAUCCUCCUUCAACUGCACGGGCGCUGUGCGUAAAGCUGGCUUUCUAUCGGUAAAGAAAUGGUUAUUACGCAAGAAGCAUCAAAUUGAGCUGGCUCGCAAACGUGGCUGGAAGGGCUAUUGGGUGUGCCUAAAGGGCACCACUCUCCUCUUCUAUCCGUGCGAUUCGCGUGAGGGUCGCAGCGUUGAGGCGGCGCCCAAGCAUUUAAUUAUUGUGGACGGAGCAAUUAUGCAGCCAAUACCGGAGCAUCCCAAGCGCGAUUACAUAUUCUGUUUGAGCACCGCAUUCGGUGAUGCCUAUCUGUUCCAGGCGCCCUGUCAGGUGGAGCUGGAGAAUUGGGUAAAUAGCAUACACAGCGCCUGUGCCGCUGCAUUUGCACGUCAUCGCGGCAAAACGGGCACGCUGCAUCUGCUGCAGGAGGAGAUCUUUCGCCUGGAGAAGGCCAUUGAAUCGGAUCACAAGCUGAAGCACAUGGCUGAGCUGCAGCAAUCAGUUGUCACCGAUCAGGAGACGCGCCAUCAAAUUCAGGCACAGAUUUUGCAAUGGGAGGAAAACCUUGAGCGCCUGCACUGUGAACAGUUCCGACUGCGCUGCUAUAUGGCCUCGCUCCAGAGCGGCGAGCUGCCCAAUCCAAAGUCACUGCUUACACACGUGUCGCGGCCGACGAAGAACACUUUAAAUAAAUUGGGAGUUUUUACGGUCUCGUCGUUCCAUGCCUUCAUUUGCGCCCGGUCGCCGUCGCUGCUCAAUAAUCUGUUGGCUGGACGUGGUGCCACCAAGCGACGACCCCCGAUGCUGUCUCGCUCCAAUAGCGGCUCCAGUCGCCGCUCCAUGCAGAUGAAUUCACGUGACGAGCCGGAAAAAACCUUCAAAGUUGCAAUGCCCGACAAUGCUUACUCGACAGUUUAUCUACGUGACGCGAUGUCUGUGGAGGAAUUCCUUGCCAGCGCCUGCGCCCGUCGCAACCUCAAUCCCAUGGAGCACUUUGUGCGCGUCAAGAAGCGACGUGACAUGGAGGAUCACAAUUACUUUGUGCCACAUCGCAAUGAUCUGAUUGAAAAUUAUCUACAUAAUCACGAAUUUGUGGAGGUCUGCAUGAAAAUACUGUACCAGGUGGAGCUGCAGCGCACCACAUUGGAGCAAAUGUGGGGCUUCUCGGUGGAAGCGGAGCUGAUUGAGAAUGCCGAACGGCAGGACGAGCUCUGUUGCUAUGUGAGCCGCGUCGAGGACAAAAGUGUCGCCAUGCACAAUGGCAUUAUCAAAGGAGACGAAAUAAUGGUCAUCAAUGGCGCGAUUGUUUCUGAUCUAGAUAUGAUGUACUUGGAGAGCGUGCUUCAGGAGGAGCAAUCACUCAGCAUGAUGAUGCGCUCCUCACGCACCGAGCCGCCAGAUCUAGUAGGCAUUAUGCGUGUGACGGAUGAUAUGAUUGACUCCCUGGUGUGCCCGCCGCCGCCCACAGAUCCGCCAGUGAUGAGCGAGGAGAUGAUAACUGGACUGAUUGUGCCAGCGCCCGGUUGGAAUGGCACUGGCAAGGAUUUGUAUUCACCUGAGGCGGAAAGCUCGCCGGCGCCCUCAUUUGUGGAGCCAACUGUGGCGCAAUUGGCAGUUGGCGCAGGCGGCGGAGUCUCGGCAUUGGGCGUGGCCAAGCCAACAUCGCGCACCAGCAGCUUUGAAAUUGAGAAUCUGCUAAAGACCGCGGAACAAGUUACCGGAUUUUGUCGUUCACCUCAGGAAACGCGCAAAUCGAGCCCCACGGGUUCAGUCACAUCGUCGGUCUCGACCACAGCGCUGACACCGUCGCGCCAACUGACCGAUGCCGAGAAACUGCGCAAAGUCAUCAUGGAGCUGGUGGACACGGAGCGCACCUACGUUAAGCACUUGAACAAUCUGCUGGAGCAUUAUCUGGAGCCCAUGAAACGCGAAACGUUUCUAUCGAAUGCGGAAAUUAAUGCGCUCUUCGGCAACAUACACGAGAUUGUUACAUUCCAGCGCCAGUUCCUGCAGAAUCUCGAGGAGGCGCUCGAACUUGAGCCGGAAUUCAAUAAAUUCGAGCACUGCGGUCAGUUUAGGAACGUCUUGUUUGCAAUCGGCUCGGCUUUUCUCUAUUAUGUCAAUCACUUCAAGCUGUACUCCUCGUUCUGUGCCAGCCACAGCAAGGCCCAAAAGGUUUUGCAUCCAAACGAGGGCAACCAUGCGCUCCAGGAGUUCCUUGCCGCACGCAAUCCCAAGCAGCAGCACAGCAGCACCUUGGAAUCGUAUCUGAUCAAGCCGAUACAGCGCAUACUCAAAUAUCCGCUGCUCCUGCAGCAGAUGCGUAAUCUGACAGAUACGCGCGCCGACGAGCACGUGCAUCUCUGCGAGGCGCUCAAGGGCAUGGAGAAGGUGGCGGAGCACAUAAAUGAGAUGCAACGCAUCCAUGAGGAAUACGGCGCGAUAUUUGAUCAUCUAUUCCGGCAGCAUCAGAAGUCAUGCAAGCAGCCAAUCGAUUUGAGUCCAGGCGAUUUGCUCUACUAUGGCGGCGUCGAGUGGCUGAACAUUUCCGAUUUUCUGGGCAAGAUCAAGAAAGGCCUGGAACUGCAUGCCAUGUGCUUUGUAUUCAAAUCGGCGGUUGUGUUCCUCUGCAAAGAGCGUUUGCGUCAAAAGAAGAAGCUAAUGGGCGUCUCAAGCAAGAAUGCACCAAAUGAGGUCGAAAUUAUACGAUAUCAGGUGUUGAUACCCGUCACCGAGGUGCAGGUGCGCGCCAGCUCUGCAAAGGACAUGGACUCGCACUUCCUCUGGGAGCUUAUACACUUGCGCUCGCAGCUGCAGCGCCGCUCUGAAAAGGUCUAUGUGCUGUCCAAUAGCACCGCCGAUUUUCGAAAUGCAUUCCUCAAGACGAUCAGGCAAAUAAUACGCGAGAGCGUGCGGAACAUGUCAAUUCCCAUGAAGAACUUUGGCGGCAGCUCGGGCUCCGUUUCGGGUCUAUCCUCCCAGCUGGGCGGCUAUGCGGGCAACUCGCAAACGCUGGAGCGGCCCAAGCAGCAGAUCACCAUCGUUCAUGGUUCUCAUACGCUGGGCAAGCCAAAGAAGAAGUCCGGCUCACAGCGUCAUUCGGCCGGCAAUAUUGACUACGACAAUCUGUCUGGCAGCCAGGAGGGCGAGGAGCUGCCGCCAAAUAUGGCAGGUGUGGUGCACUAUGUGCCACUCUCACACGCACAGCAGCUGCAGCAGCCGGGCGGCUUUCGCAGUCGCAGCAAGACGCUGGGCGAUGUGACAGAAAUCAUUUACACCUCCAUAGAUCCGCAACAGCCGCAACAGCAGCAGCAGCAACAGCAACAGCAGCAGCAGCAGCAGCUUGUGCAACAGUCGGUGGCGCCGCAUCCACAUCCACGCGAGCCACCGCCGCCGCCCAUAAGGCAGCCGCAUUUGCAUCAUCACAGCAGCGACAUUGAACGCAUCGAUCCGGGCACCAAAUCGGAGGGUGAGGAGGAUUCGCAGCAGGGCACAAUCAGGCCCAAGGCUACGCUGGGCCGCACGCCCAAUCACCUGACGCUCAGCACCACAUCGACGCUCUCGGUGGGCAGCACUGGCAGCCAGGCGCGCUUGAUACAAUCAUCGCAUCCGCCGGCCAGCUAUCAGCCAGUGCUUAUGAAGGAUCUAGGUAAGAGCAGCCUAGAUAUAGUUCCCGGCGAAUCCGAGCACGAAUCGGAAUCCGAGGCGCAUGCCGCACACGUGCCACAUGCCACGUUUAAUUUAAGCCUAGGCAGUAGUGGUAGCUUGUUUGCAGCAACAGUCAGUAGCGAUACGAAUCCGAAUCUAACUUUGACCCAGACACUGACCCAAACUCAGAGCCAGACCAUGAGACAUUUGUCGCCGCGACAGUCGCCGCGUCAGUCGCCCAAGCAGGAGAUCGAGGUAAUUGAGAUCUUUGAGAGCGAAUCGGAGCGUUUGGCCGCCUCCCAGCAGGUGGCCGUAGUGCAUCAGCAUCCCAGGGGCACAGCGGAGUCGCAGCACAAGCGUCGCGAACGUGAUGCCAACAACGGGUCUGCCACUGGCCAUGUGACCGAAUCAGAUGCCACUAUGCGUUUCAUGGACAAGCAUCUGUGCGAGCUGGAGCAGGAGGAUUUGGCAGCGGGCAUCUGUGACAUAGCCGCCUACAUGGCCAACUUGCGCGAGAAGGCCUUUGAGCCAGCGGAUGCCGGUGAGGAAGCUGCUGAUCAGCAGCAAAACGACUCCAGCCUCUCGCCCGAGCCACAGACCAUUGUGGAGAAUACACAGCAGAUCGUGACCGUGGACAUUGAGUCGCCCUCGAGUCGACCUGCCACAGAAUCGGACAGCACUGGCGGCAACACAACUGGACCAUCGGAGCGGUCCGGCGAUGAGACCGAGGAUGAGCCAACCAGUUCGCUAGCCUCGCACAUUGUUGUUAUCGACAAGAAGGUGGACAAGGUGUUCAAGGCCAAGUCCCCGGAGCGAGCGACUGCAGCGGCCGGCGCCAAGCCGAAAAGCGGCAAGCGUCAGAGCAUCUACAUUUCGCCAGAUCGCUGCAAAUCCCAGGGCAGCUCCCCGGUGCGCAUCAUUAAGAUUAAAUCGCCACGCAACAGCGUCAGCGACCAGGGCAAACGUUUGAGCAUCUGCUCCAGUCGCGAGAACUCGCAGGAUCGCCUCUCCGGCGGACGGCGCACGCCCAGUCCGCGUCGCAGCUCUGAGGGUGGCGGCGGUAUCUUGAAGCACACAAGUCCUGGCGCGGGCAUACUGAAGCCACCGGCCAGCCCUGCCAAGUCAAAGAGUCCUGAUCGCAGCUGCCUGAAGAAGGGCGGCGCAUCGCAUGUAUGUGCCAUGGAGCCAACAACCACCACGUUGUCGCCACGCAUAUCGCCACGCGGGAGUGUGGAUCAUUUGUCGCCGGAUCGCGCCAGCAUUUGCCAGCGCCAUUCGCCGCGCAGCAGCUUCGAUAGCCACGGCGGCUCCGAUCAUAAUCUGGAUGUGCCCUACGGCGGCGGCGGCGGCUCACGCAAGCGCAGCAUGUCUGCCCACGGCAGCUUUGAGACGGGCAACAAGCCGCACGCCCAGGAGACAUAUCAGUAUUAUCCGGUUUAUGACAAUCAAACUUGCAGCGAUCAUUAUGUGGCCGCCGCGCCCACUACAAGCAGAUAUGGCUCCGGGAAUGGCCGCAGUCGACUAAGCAAAUCCCUGGAGCGGUCCACCUCGCGUGACAGCACCACCACAAGCAGCUCCUAUCGCCCCUAUGGCGUCUCGCCCGAGCGCAACUAUGUCGUCUAUAGCUCCGGUCCGCUGCGCUCUCAGUCGGCGGAGAAUACCUUCUCGCAGCCCAUCUAUGAUGCGCUGCCCAGGCAGGCGCCACAGCAAUACAUGCCCAUGGUUAGCUAUAUGCAGGAUAUGGAUAUGGGCUAUGGACAGCCGCCGCCGCCCAGCUGCCCGCAUGAUCCGGCCCAGCAGGCUGUCUAUCAGCUGAGCUCCUCGGCGCCCGAAUAUACCACAUGCAUUGACUGUCUGUACCAGAAGCGACCCUCCUAGCAUAAGCCCCGCGUGCGGCAAAGUCGCACGCGGAAGAAGACGCCACGUGGCCUAAGCGGGAUGCCCGGCAUGCCCGGCAUGGUGGUUAGCACACAGCCCACAGCCAGCGGCGGCAUUGGCUACAUGCCCGACAUGGGCAGCGAUCAGGCAGGCGGCUGUGUCGAUUGCCAUGAUUAUUUCGAGAUACACGUCUAAGGACGUACCAACUGACAAAAGACCCAAAGAAUAAAGUAGGGGGAAUUAAGAGUGAGGGAGAGACACAAAAACAGGGAUUUUAUGAGAUCUAUUAAAUAUACGAGUAGUUGAAUUAAAACUCAUUACAAAAGCGCAACCAAAGAUAACAUAAAACAACAACAACAGUAACCCAAAAUGCCUCAAGAAUUUUACAAAAACUAUAAACAAAAUGGAAAUAUUACCGCUCAGCUCUACAAAGAUACUAACAUAUACGUAAACUUCAAUGCAAACUAUAUAAAAACGUUAAUCAAAACUUGAACACAAGGGAUUGAAAGCAAAUACUUAUACACAGCACACACACAACACACACACGCACAACAGCACAGUUAAGAGUCAUGUUUAAGUGUUAGAUUAAGCUCUUGGUAUAGCUCUUAGGAACACUCAACUACAUCUUCAGAGCACAACUAAUUUUUUGUGGGGUGCGGCGGGCUCUAAAAAGUUGCAGCUGCAAUUUGUGACCGCGCCCCCUUGCGCCUCCCCCUUGGGUGAGUGUGUGUGUGCUUGGCACAUCAGGUUAAUUAUUUUGGUUUUAGGGAGAAAAGCAAAUUUUGGGGCGUUAUUUUUAAGGCUAUGAUUUACACAAAAUGGCGGAAGUUCUGCAUGCUGCGUGCGGCAUUACGUAUACGCACAUGACGCAUACGCCGCGUUGCACACAAUGCUCAAGUGGCGUAAUUACGACUAAAAACUAAAGUUGAAAUUCAUACUCGCACUCAAGUAAACUAAGAGACAUGCAUGCCCAACUUACUAACAACCACACACACACACACACACAUACACACACAUGCACACGCAGAAGCACACGCACACGUACACGUACACAAUGGCAGAAAAUAGGCACUUAUAUAUAGGAUAAAAGUUGUAAGUAAUGCCAGUCGUUCCAACUAUUAGCUGUGCAAACUGGCAUUUCCGGAAUCGUAAGAAAAAGUUUUUAAUUACACGGCUCGCAAGAUUGAAAAUGAUUGCAGCUGCUCCGGGGUGCAAAAUACUCGUGUGUAUUUUAGUUUAAGUCUAAGUGAAUAAUGCGGGUUAGCAACAUUCUAUAGGUUAACAUUAUACAUACUACCUAAAAAAAAAUCAAAACAAAAAACAGGAAACAAAAAUGAAUAUUUACAUAGUUAGCUAGCGAAAUAGAAAAUAUGUCAAAAAAUAUGUGUGGGUGUUGUGACAAAUAAUUUUGCAUU